GGGAGGGGGGAGUGAAGGAGACGGCGGCACCGAGGAUGGAGACGAGGAGAGGCGUCCUACCGCGCACCAAGCCGCGUGUCGUCGCGUCACCUUCAUCGCCUCGAGGUUAUGACGCCGGUUGUAAUCUGAGCCUGCAGAGGAAAAGAACCCUAAGACCCCUCCCUUCCUCCCCUCCUCCCCCCUUCCUCUUCCUCCAUCCUCGGCGCUCCAUUCUGGACUUUCAAUGCGUCAUACUCCGUCCUUCCUGCGCGCGUCUUUUUCUUCCGCUGACGCGUCGCCUCCUACGUUCAGGCCAUGAGAACGGCUCCACGCGCGGACAGUGUGGCCUCGAUAGCCUCCUUUGGAAUGCGCCGAUAAAGACGUUUCCCCCCGUGCGGCCUUUUCCAUCUCUGCGCCUUCUGUUCGCCGCACAUGCGUUGCCGCUGCCGCUGCCGCGCCGCCGCCUCUCUUCUCCUCCUCGCAAUUGCAUGGACUCUUCCAUUCGCCUGAAGCGCGCGCGUCGUCACCUCCGCGUCCGCGCCGCUCGCUCUGCCGCUGAUGCGUUGCGCCCGGGGGCUCCCCGUGCUCUCGCCGUGGGGGGCCCGGUGUCCGCAGAGAGGCAGGAUGGUGCGGAUCGUCAGCGCGCUGGGGCUCGUCAUGUUCAGCGUGGCGCUGCUCAUCCUGUCGCUCAUCAGCUACGUAUCCAUCAAGAAGGACUUUCUGCUCAGCACCCCCAGAUACGGAGCGAACGGCGGACCCAGGAUGUCCAUGCUCCAUGCGGGCUUUCGCGAGAGGCCGCCUCGCAAACCUGACCUGAGAUCCCAGCUAGCUUUGAAGUAUCUGGACCCUGCCUUCAGUCCUCUGACCAACGCUCUGGGCGAGGACCUGCAGAACUCCUCGAAAUGGACCUACAACAGCUCUGCUUUUCUACAGCUGAAAAACGAGAUCUCUCAAUACAUUGACAUCCCCCACAACUUCACCCUGACCAGAGACUCAGUCCGAAUCGGACAGCUGAUGCACUACGACUACUCCGGCCACAAGUACGUUUUCUCCAUCGGCGAAAACUUCCGCUCGCUCCUCCCCGAGGUCUCGCCGAUCCUCAACAAGCACUACAACGUGUGCGCCGUGGUCGGCAACAGCGGCAUCCUCACCGGCUCACGCUGCGGCCCCCAGAUCGAGAAGUUCGACUUUGUCUUCCGAUGCAACUUCGCACCGACCGAGAUCUUUAAGAAGGACGUCGGGCGUCGGACCAACAUGACGACCUUUAACCCCAGUAUCCUGGAGAAAUACUACAACAAUUUACUGACUGUGCAGGACAGGAACAACUUCUUCCUGAGCCUGAAGAAGCUCGACGGCGUCAUUCUGUGGAUCCCGGCGUUUUUCUUCCACACGUCGGCCACGGUGACGAGGACGCUGGUUGACUUCUUCGUGGAGCAUCGAGGUCAGCUGAAGGUCCGGCUGGCCUGGCCCGGAAACAUCAUGCAGUAUGUCAACAGCUACUGGAAAACCAAGCAGCUGUCGCCGAAGCGCCUGAGCACCGGCAUCCUGAUGUACACGCUGGCAUCCACCAUGUGCGACCAGAUCCACCUGUACGGCUUCUGGCCCUUCGGCUGGGACCCCAACACGGGCAAGGAGCUUCCGUACCACUACUACGACAAGAAGGGCACCAAGUUCACUACCAAAUGGCAGGAGUCCCACCAGCUGCCCGCCGAGUUCAAACUGCUCUACAAGAUGCACACGCAGGGACUGCUGAAGCUCUCCCUCUCCCACUGCGCUUAGGCCUCAAAACGGGGUCUGCAGACCUUUCGGACUCCUCUCCUGAGCUUCCUCCAGGUGUCAUGAUGGCUUCUCGUUGGUGCACUGGGAACCGUUUGGACGGUACAGCCACAGCGCACGUGACAAGGAGUUCUCCAGAAUCUGAAGACCAACGCGGAUGGAAUUUGGGGAGACGCAUCUUCGCUUUGCUUCAACCUUGAAUCGCUUCAUGGUGUUUAUGGCAACUUGUCACUCUUAGGACUGCGAGUACAAAUAAGACUGACAUGGACGCUGCAUCAGAGGAGGUCGAUUCCUCCUCCAGUUCUAUGAAGGUAGACGCAGCACGAAAGCACAAAAGUUGAACCCGGCUCAAGUUUUGCUGUAAUUUGACGUGGUGCCACAAAGCAACACGCUGAUCAGGCCGAUCCAAUAUAGACAGAAGCGAAUGCAAACGCAGAGAUUGUCACCCUGACAAUAUGUUUCAUAGUUUGUGAAACAGUUGUGUUGUUAUAAACCGCAGUGCAGUGUUUUGGCAUCAAAGGACCCUUUAAACAUGUAAAUCAGUUCAUCAAAGUAGACUCCCUCCGUUGUAUUUAAUUGUACGAUUCUCACCUGAAGCGACCAGAACUGUUUUAACACCGUGCUGCUGUCGGUCUGAUGCCCGUCUACACAGCAGUGUGGUCCUUUGUAGUUCGUAACCUGUAGUGUGAAGGGAAAAGCAUCAAUCUUGGGUCACUACUUUGAUUAAUCGCAUUGAGCAUUAGGGCCACGUUCAAAUAAAUGUGGGAUGCGCGACAACUGAAUAAUUCAUCUUAGUUCUGAGUCAAUCUGCUGACUUUGCACUCCAAAACUAAAAAUGAUGAUCUCAUUCUGUUUUUAAAUUCACAACUCAAAUAUUGGUUGUUGGAUGUUAACACAUUUGCACCCACCAGCAACAGUAGUUGUGUUUGUUCCAUUGCUCCAUUAAAUUAAGGUAUUUGGCAGAAGUUUUAAUAAAUAAUACAA